UCCGUCUAGUUUCCUAGCUUAGCCAGUUGCCAGCGCGACCCAGCUCACGAGCCGGCCUCGUGUGCGAAUAAGAAGAAUAAUUAUUUCCUUGCCAUCCGGUGGAGUAAAUAUGAUACUCGUAGGCUCGUAUUAAAGCUCAUUUUAUCCCGCGGCUCCCAAUAUUUUUUUACUCGAGAUCCAGCAACGCGUUGAAAAGUUACAGGGAUAAAUCAAGAGCCGUGUGCUUAGGAGAAAAUGGAUACCACUCGAAUGCGGUAGAGACAGAGAGCCUGGCUGCGAGCCCGUACGACUUUAGAUAUCCUUCGAGCAUUAAAGCGUAUCGUUAUUUUUCGAUUUUCAUUUAUUAAACGUACGCCAAACACCACGUUGUAUGAAAAUGAAUAUUUCAAAAGGUCGUUAAUACUGUCACGUUCGGAAGCGGAAAGAAGACGAUUCCCCUCAAAAUAUAUACACACGUCUCUGAAUCCCAACGGCAGAAAUUUUUACAAUGCCUCGUGCUAGGAGACAAGUGGUCCUCGAAGACCCAGCUGGGUCUGUCACACCCGAUAUGGCCCACACCAAGCUAGUGAAGUCAGAGCCACUUUUCAUUGACGAGGGCUCCAUAGACGAAGUACAAACUCAGAGGAUAGCUGAGGAAACACCGAGUCCCCAUCUACAGGAUCAUCAAUACGGUCAGACACCUAGUUAUCAAAUAUCGAGAAGACCUCCACAGCCACCUCCACGUGCAGAGAUUUCAGUUCAGGCUGUAAAAAGAAGACUGAACUUGGAAGUCGGUUCCACAGGCACAAGUCAGUCUGGAUUUAAGGCUCCACGAGGAAAGCGCAGACGAUCUGGAUCCAAUUCUUUAACUGGACAUACACCGACUAAAAAUAAGACUGUUGAACGGACAAGAUAUGAUACGUCUUUAAGCUUGUUAACCAAAAAAUUUAUACAUUUGGUCGAGAACAGUCGCGACGGCGUUGUGGACUUGAAUGUGGCUUCUGAAAAAUUGGAAGUUCAAAAGCGGCGCAUAUACGACAUAACGAAUGUACUUGAAGGAAUUGGGAUACUUGAGAAAAAGAGCAAAAACAACAUACAAUGGAAGGGUGGUCAACUACCUGGCGAGCAGCUUGACGUUGUUGAUUUAAGGAGAGAAGUAGCUGAUUUGGAAGCUAAAGAAAACACAUUAGACCGACUGAUACAUGGGGCUGAAAAGAAUUUGCGCGAACUGUGUGCCGACAGGCACUAUGCCUAUGUAACUUACCACGACUUACGUUCAGUAACUGCUUACCGAGAACAAGCUAUAAUGGCAGUAAAGGCACCACCAGAGGCUACCCUCCAUGUACCCCAGCCCAUCAGUCCGUUCGGGGAACCAAGGCUGCAAAUGUAUAUGAGAUCUUCACAUGGUGAAAUCGAAGUAUUCUUGUGCCCGGAUGACCCAGGAUUGAAGGUGUCAAAUAGUCCUAGAAGUCCAAUGACGAAUCCUCGACCAAAAAUUGAAAUGCCUCCUCUACCUCCUGAACUUCUCGUCAACGGGAGUGAAACCCAGAUUGAAUCUACACCCUCGACCACCAGUAGAACCAGCACAGUCACGAAUCCUCCCUCUCCCACGCCUACCACUUCCACAGGCCUCAGAGAUGCGCUCCUGUGCGAGUCGGAUGAUUUCGGGCCAAUGGGUGGUGGCAGAUUCCAACUGCAAACAGAAGACCAAAACGUCGCACCAGAUGUGAACAUUCUAGACUUCGACGAACCGCUGCUUCCGUUGGAACCACCUCUCUCGGAGAACGAUUACUCGUUCUCGUUAGAUACAGGAGAGGGCUUGGCGGAUCUCUUCGAUUUCCAGUUCUAGGAACACCAUUAUUAUUACAGUUUUUUAUUCUGGGUUCGUCUCCGAGUCAAACUUAGGAAUUACAAAUAUAACUCUGUACCUGAAAACCCUGGGGUUCUAACUCCACGUUUGGUCAAUCAUGAGUUAUCUCUACCUCGAAAAUCAGCAUUAAAACUUUAUACCUAGAAAUUAAAAUUACCAUCUCAGGUUUUAUACAGAUCAUAGAUCGUACACAUUUUGGUAAAAUGCAUGUUAGGUACCCAUCGUAGAAGAAUCCUAUUUGUAAUAAACAUUGCAUGGAAAAAUUCUGAUCCAAGCUAGUUAUACAGUACCGAUGAAAACGAACGAAAAAGAAAAUCAGAACGUAUCAAAUAAUGGUAGAAUUACAACAAUUCAAGUAGAGACACUAAUUUGCAAUUGGCUUACUUUAGUGUGAGAAUUUAUCUGAAGAGUGGAAUUAGACCUCUAUGGCUCUCCGUUACAGAAAGAAAAGUGCAGUAGGAGGAAUGCGAAAAAAUAUAUUCAUAUAUGCAUAAUAUAUGCAUAAUACACAUGUAUGAAAAAGCGGAAUUAGGGUUUUGUAACAAACGAUAUAAAAAAAAAUUUAAUGAAAAUAUAAGACCCGCGGUUAUUUAAAUUUCCCGAGUUGUCUAUUCAGAAAAUCUUUCUCCUAUCGUACGGUUAGUUAACCUGAAAUUUUUUUUGUACAGAAUAUUAAAACAACGUUCCAUUUAAGAAAUGAAAGCACGUUGCAUUUUAUAUUUUAUUAUGUUACUGCAUAUUAUUAAAUUUUUGAAUUUUUUUUUUCAAUUGUGUAGAGUCUGUAAUUGUUUUGUACGUACUUUAUUUUCAAUGCUUUCUUGUUGAGAACGCAAAAUGUUUAUCAUAUUAAUUAUCUCUCUACGCGUUUAUUGUGUAUACAUUGUAUUAUAGUACGUUCAUAGAUUGGAUGUCAGAGUUUUUAUCCUCGUGCAUGCUCGUUGUUGAGCAGCUAAUAAAGUUGUUCAAAGGGAAAAUUAUAUUUAAACGUACCUAUCUUAAUUUUUUUUUUUUUUUUUCUUAUUCAAAUUUUGAUUACUUGUAAUGAAUUUACCUCCCGCUGUAUAUUAAAAGAAAAAAAAGGGAGUAGAUAUGACGUCGAUUUACAUACUACAAAAAUUGAUAUCCUUACUGUAAAUGUAUUACUACCUACAGAUUACCUGUUAACCAUUAGGUAACUCUAAAUCUGUAAUGGAUGGAGACGGACUCGUGCAUCGUACAAGAAAUCCCCUAGGUUAUUAUCACAUGUAAACGCAUAUUUAAUAUUAUUAUUAUUAUUAUUAUUAAUAUUAUUAUAUCUAAGAUAUUACCAGGAUAUUGUACUAUUCUGGACCCAAAUAAGAAGCUUGUAAAGUAGAUGUUUCUGUAUCGGUAUGCUGAGUGCAAUGUGGCAAAAUGAUGAAACAAAUCUUGAUUACUAUGUUUAUGGAAAAGCUCACAAAUACAAGUAAGAAGUGAAUGACUAACCGUCAUGUUCCUCAAUUAACGUAUUACCUAAAACACAUCUGUGCACAUGAAGCAGAACCAAUAUCGAGAAAAAAUUAGGGAUGAUUUACGCGAGAUAUUGACUGGAAAAUUAUACAUUGUCGUAAGCUCAAAUUUAAUACGCAAUGGGUUGAAUCACGAACGGAAAUAGUACAUUUUUCAUUUGCAUUUCACUUCGAAGCUCCUUUCGUCCCUCAGCUGCUUUUUAAAAAGAAAAGAAGUAAGUUUCUUUAAUCAGUAAAUUAUCGAAAUUCUAUUUACAACUUGUUUACAAAAACAUGUUUCACAAAGUGUAUAGAGAAACAUCAUUUUUAGAAGCUUCUUACGGAUGUACCCUAACGUAGAAACUUAGCGUAUGUCCAAAGCCAUAGUGCCUACACAACAAUUAUCAGACAUUUCUCAGAUUGUAAAUACUUAACAUACUUAUAUACCAAGAUCGCUACAACAAAAUGAGAGACAGAGAACCAUAGCCGACUUCUUCAUUGUGGUUAUAAUAAGAUGUGUUAAUAUAUAUAUAUAUAUAUACAAUAUAUGUGUGUAUAUAUAUAUAUAUACACACACACAUACAUACAUAUAUAUGUAUCAAUUAGUUAUUUUUAAUCAUUACAAUAAUUAUUGAAUUGAAAAAAAUGUUAGUUUAUAUAGUUACUUAUUAUAUUGCACUGUAAUCAAAUGCUAUGGAGGGUAAUACAGGACAUUUUUGAUGAGUCCGGUGCUAAUAUAGGAAACAAAAGUGGAGCAAUGCCUCUCAAACGUUGGUGAGUGAUACCAUUUGCUCCGAAGGUGGUUAGAAUUCAAUUAUUUCGCAUCAUAUGGAGCUGAGCCAUUGGGUAGCGAUGGUCAUUGUCUCUCCAUAUCCGUCAAAGUGUCAAGUAUCACGCUAUACUGCUACUUGCUGCUGUAACUCCAGCGCUAUGGAAAGAAUUAUUAUAGUUAAAUUUUUUCCAUAUUCAGUAAGAGCAUGCUUUUUUUAUAAGUACUAAAAAGCAACAGGUAUUCUCAGACCUGGCCCUUGAAUGACCGAGAUGUUAUCUACAUCGAUGAAAUUAAUUUCGAGAACUAUAAAGCAACCAACAUCGAUCACACAUUAAAACUGCAAACUAGUUUACAGUGUCGUGUUGCAUCGAUUUUCUGAUUUAAGUCGUUAACAAUCUGCAAUAUUGAUUUCUUUCCUUCAGUGAUAUUUUGUAAUGAUAUAUAUUUAUAUUAUGCAGUCUGUUGAAUAAUUUUACCUAAGUAUACAUCGCGAAAAGGCUAGUUGAGUAUGCCCGAAGACUGAUAGGAUUAUCACUUUUUACAGUCAGACUUUCAGUACGCUUGACGAUAUGGGAGAACUAAUUUGCAAUUCUGCAUACUUUCAUUUUCACCUGAAACCCAGCUACGAGGAAACGUCUAAUUCACAAUUGACGUUUUUUCAUAUACAUCCAUACCAUUUAUGGGUUGCCUGACAUAUCUAUCAUAAAAAAAUACAAUAAACAAAACGUUAUCAAUUGAAAUGCACUGAAUUAUGUGGCUCAGCAAAAUCAAAUCUGCAAACGAAAAAAGUUAUUCGUAGAUUUUGAAUAGUCGGAACCUCAUCGAAAUUUUUCAAAAUAAUGUUCUUUUAAUAAUGCCUAUGUUUCAUUUACGAUUCGUCAAGAAAACUACAUAUUUUUAAACGAUAUUUUCAAAGGUCAAGUCGGUAAAAUUUUCAUGUCAAAUUAUAAGUUCAAAUAUCGGACAUACCUGUAGAUGCUUAGUUGAUUAAUUUUCAAUUGAACAUUUUGUUAUUAUUGAGUGUGAAUUGCUAAUGAUACAAAGUGAAGAAUAAGAUAAUGUAAUAGGUGAAGGUAACGAUUUUUGAUUGACGAUUCUUGCAGAUGAACUUGAUGUCAGCUGCCUAAAUCAUUUAACAGACUGCUUGAGGUUGGUUUGGAAAAUAACCAUAAUACCAAUACAUCAAAUUAUUCCGAUUGGCUGAUGAGCCAAACGUUGGAUCACCUUGGCUAAACCCUGCUGAACACCAGUACAGAAAGUUAUGAAAUAUACCCUUGUGUAACGUGAUGCAAA